AUGGGUGUUGGAAAAAUAAGGGAUGUUGUUUUUGGUAACUAUUCAUCUUCAUUUGACGAUCUUCGUUGGUAUGUUGAUGCCGCUAAUGAUUGUAAUCCGUAUUGUCGGCCUGUGUUGAUACUUGAUGAAACUUUCUUGAAAGGAAGACACGAAGGUUGUUUAUUGGCUGCUACGGCAAAAGACAGUAACCAAGGAAUACAGUAUAAAGUUAUCUAUGGUUUAUAUUCGUUAAGUUUUGCCAUUGUUGAUAGUGAACGCUAUGACAAUUGGCAUUGGUUCUUGUCAAAGUUAUUUGUUAUUUUGACUCUGGGAAGGGAUAUUGCGUUUGUUACUGAUCGGCAUGGAGGUUUGCUGAAAGCUUUAGCUGAGGUCUUUCCGUUUUCCUCUCAUUCUUUUUGUCUAAUGCAUUUGAAGACAAACUUGAAGACUUAUUUGUCAAUGAAGAGUCGCGAAUCUAAACAGUAUUUGCUCACUCUUUUUAGUAGAUGUGCAUAUGCUCCUACUAUUGAGUUGUUUAAUGAGCAAUUUGAAGAAUUUAAGAGUCGCUGUGGUCGUAGUGUUCAGAGGUUUCUUGAGGAUUUGCCUAAUGAGUGUUGGUGUAACGCUUAUUUUCAAAGCAAGACGUAUGGUGAAAUGUGCACAAAUGCUGCAGAAUCUUUUAAUUCAUGGAUUAGAGAUAAGCGCCAUUUGUUUUCAACUAAUCUUGUUGAUGCUAUACGGGUGAAACUAAUGGAGCAAUUUUCAAAAAGGAGAGAAGUUGGAAAUAAGUGGAAUCGUAUUGUUUGUCCUUUUGCAGAGAAAAAGUUGGAAGAAGCUUUUAAUGAUACAAAGGCAUGGAUAGUUAAGAAAUGUAGCGAUGAUAUUCACAUUCUAACAACUAAAUGA